UUCAUGCUCUCCCAUCAGGGACCACGAAGCCAGUCCUCAGCUGUGACGCUGAAGUUUGAUCCCGCGGGGACACCAUCGCAUUAAAAUGCUCAGCGACUGAGAGAGUCAUAGAGAGGGGUGUGGCCGGCAUUUUAGUUCCGCCCCUGCCGGAGUAGCCGAAGGCCUCAUUGGCGCCUUCACGCUUCAGAUGCGCUUAGUAGCCGCGGUAAUCUCUGCUGGAUUGGCCGUAACCCUGUCCCUGAGCGGGCUCACAGGGUCUGAAGGCCACACACGAGGCAAAGGUAAAGUUCUGAGCCACCGGGUGCCUCCUUCCCAGGACUGCAAGAUGGAGGAAGGCGGGAACCUAGGAGGCCUGAUUAAGAUGGUCCAUCUACUGGUCUUGUCAGGUGCCUGGGGCAUGCAAAUGUGGGUGACCUUCGUCUCAGGCUUCCUGCUUUUCCGAAGCCUUCCCCGACAUACCUUCGGACUAGUGCAGAGCAAACUCUUCCCCUUCUACUUCCACAUCUCCAUGGGCUGUGCCUUCGUCAACCUCUGCAUCUUGGCUUCACAGCAUGCCUGGGCUCAGCUCACAUUCUGGGAGGCCAGCCAGCUUUACCUGCUGUUCCUGAGCCUUACGCUGGCCACUGUCAACGCCCGCUGGCUGGAACCCCGCACCACAGCUGCCAUGUGGGCCCUGCAAACCGUGGAGAAGGAGCGAGGCCUGGGUGGGGAGGUACCAGGCAGCCACCAGGGUCCCGAUCCCUACCGCCAGCUGCGAGAGAAGGACCCCAAGUACAGUGCUCUCCGCCAGAAUUUCUUCCGCUACCAUGGGCUGUCCUCUCUUUGCAAUCUGGGCUGCGUCCUGAGCAAUGGGCUUUGUCUCGCUGGCCUUGCACUGGAAAUAAGGAGCCUCUAGCAUGGGCCCUGCAUGCUAAUAAAUGCUUCUUCAGAAA